AGCUUUCUCCAGGAGAGCCCUUGACCUCUAAAGGGUCUUCCAGAGCCACUGCCACAGGCAGAGCUUUCCAUGACGUGCCUCUCAAGUCCUGGAAUAGGCCCUGGACCAGAUUUACUUCAUAUUUGAGUUCCCUACAUAUGAGCAUGUGAGUAAGCUGAUAAAAGGAUCAACACUAAUCUUUCCACAGUGAGAAGCGAGGCUACCAGCAGAAGCCUCAAAUAUGUGGAUAUUUUCUUGGUUUUGUGCCAUUUUAAUUAUCUUGGCUGUUGCUGGUGUGGACACAAUAGUAAAGACCACACCAUAUACCAAAUUCACGAAGUCUGAGGGAAAAGAGAUGCCAAAGGGUCCAAAGCCAUCCAGUGGCCAACCUCCAGAAGAAGAAGAAACUCCCUUCACAGAAGCAGCUGAAAUGGCAGAACCAACCCCUGACCCCUCAGCUUUCAAUUCUGUCUUUGGUGCUGCCACCCUCUUCCCCUCUGAAAACCUCACUCUUGACACGGCUGAUUUCUUCUUGAAUUGCUGUGAUUGUUGUUCAUCUGGACCAGGGCAAAAAGGAGAACCUGGAGAGACUGGAAAUCCAGGUUUUAAGGGAGAAGCUGGUGAUAUGGGGAUCCUAGGGCCACCAGGAGUCACUGGACCCCAAGGUCCAAAAGGCCAGAAAGGAGAGAAGGGACUUAAGGGAGAACGUGGGGAGCGAGGAACAAAUGGAGUUCCAGGAUACCCAGGAAAACCUGGAGUACCAGGUGGACUUGGUCCUAAGGGGGAUAGAGGAAAUAUUGGCCUGGCAGGAGUGAAAGGACAAAAAGGCUCCAAGGGGGACACGUGUGCCAAUGGUACCAAAGGAGAUAAAGGAGACCGAGGGGCUGUGGGUGCACCAGGCUUGAAUGGAGAGCCUGGGGCCAAGGGAGACAAGGGGGAGAUGGGGGAUAAGGGCUACUGUGUAGAUUCUGGGGAGAGGGGGGAAAAAGGAGAAAAAGGCGAGGAGGGCAUGAAAGGAGAAAAAGGUAGCAAAGGAGAUAUUGGAAUGGAAGGGAAAAGUGGUUCAGACGGGCUGCCUGGGCCCCAAGGUGAUCCAGGAGUUAAAGGAGAAAAAGGAGAGUUGGGUCCUCCUGGUCUUGUGGGACCUGCAGGGCCAAAGGGUGAACUUGGGAGCAAAGGGUUCCGAGGGUCUAUUGGGAAGAAGGGCUCUCGGGGUCUCAAGGGCUCCAAGGGGGAGGUGGCCAGAGUCCCACAGUCAGCUUUCAGUGCUGCUUUAUCCAAGCCUUUCCCCCCUCCAAAUGCCCCUAUCAAGUUUGACAAGGUUCUCUAUAACGACCAAGGGAACUACAGCCCUGUCACUGGGAAAUUUAACUGUAGUAUUCCUGGGGCAUAUGUUUUUUCCUACCACGUCACCGUGAGGGGCCGACCUGCUCAGAUCAGCCUGGUGGCCUGGAAUAGGAAGCAGUUCAAGUCCAGAGAAACACUCUAUGGUCAUGAAAUAGACCAGGCCUCUCUCCUCAUCAUCUUGAAAUUAAAAGCAGGGGACCAAGUCUGGCUGGAAGUUUCAAAAGAUUGGAAUGGGGUGUAUGUCAGUGCUGAGGAUGAUAGCGUUUUUACUGGGUUCCUUUUGUACCCAGAGGAAAACCCUGGCAUUUCACCAUAAACUUGUAUCUUCAACACAGUAGUUUGGGUUUAGUGGAAUAAGUGAGGUAACAUUGGGUAGUGCUAUUGAAAAAAGUAAGCUUCAUUUUUUUCAUGAUUAU